CAGUGUGUGUGCGCGCGGGUCAGCGCUGUUUAUGCUCCUCUGAUCUCCGCCGCGCGCUCCGUGUGCACGCGCUCAGCGCAGGAUGAUCUCGUUACAUUGUAUCGCGGCGUAACUGUGCGUCGUAAAGAGGAAGAACGCCCGAUCCGCGAAAACGCAACGUUUUUAAACUUUCCGUCGGAUACAUUCGCAUUCUUUGGAUACUCCAAAGCGCGCGGAGUGCGGGAAGCGAAGAGGGCGACCCUGAUUUGCGCACCGAAAGGGAGAUUUGGUUUCGGAUGGUGAUUCCGGACUCGCUCCUGACCAUCUGAAGCCCCGUGAAUGACCUCCAGAAGCAUGUAUCCGCACGGAAGACCCCAGAAUCCUCUGGUGUCAGGACACGCCGGCAUGAAGUUCACAGUGUUGGAAACUCUCGACCAUAUCAAAGAAGAAUUUCAGCUCUUCCAAGCUCAAUAUCACAGUCUCAAGCUGGAAUGUGAGAAGUUGGCGAGUGAGAAAACCGAGAUGCACAGACAUUAUAUCAUGUAUUAUGAGAUGUCAUACGGUCUGAACAUUGAGAUGCAGAAACAGGCUGAGAUUGUGAAGCGGCUCAGUGCUAUAUGCGCACAGAUCAUUCCUCUGCUGUCCCAAGAGUUGGUGUGUGUCGUGAUGUUUCUUUGGUUUGUAUUGGAGCAGCAUCAGCACCAGGUGGCACAAGCAGUCGAGAGAUCCAAACAUGUCAGCAUGGCCGAACUCAACGCCAUCAUAGGACAACAGCAGUUCCAGCAUCUAUCCCAUCAUGCCUCAGGUUUCCCUCUGACAGCACACCCCUCAGGGCUGACUCUGGGAGCAGGCGCGAGUCUCAUGGCUCUACCCGGGGCCUUCCCGUUUCCCCCCCACAUGGCCCCUAAAGACGACGGCACUAACCCUGAGCAUUCGGAAUCCAGAGAUGGAGCUCAUGUCAGGAGUCGCGGCGGCUCUCCCGUGAGUCAUCGCUCUUCAGGUCUGCGUCUCGGUCAUCCUCCCUCAUCAUCCUCUCACACUGAGACGGACGGCAAGAGAAGCGGCUCAGAGCAGAGCAGCACAGGAAGAUCACGGCAGGAGAGUGACGGUAAAAGUGAAGACACGCUGAGAAGAGAUGGAGCUAAAGAGAAAAGUACAUCACCUGCAGGGGUCUCUCCUAGGUCAGCCGAAGGGAACGGACUGAGCAGCUCUCCGGUUCCCCGGAGGAAUCCAUCCAGAGACGGACCGUCCCCUUCGUCAUCCCCACACCCAACGCCUCGCUCGCCCGCUCUUUGUAGGAGCCCCACCCAGGAAAAAGUGAGAUCUCCUUCUCCAGCCGUCUCUCGUGAUUCACUCUCUCCUGGCUCUCCAGCAGCUCCCCCCCGCCCCGUGUCCUCCUCCGCCCGCGGUUCCUCUCCUGCUCUCAAACACUAGGACCCACUCCUUACCAUGGAGUGAGACUAGUGAAAGACAGCCGCUACCCCUCCCCUGCCGCCCUCCCCAGAAUGUACAGGGGCCAAUCCCAGAAUGCACCGGGGCGGCCCCAGAAUGCAAGGGACUUGGGCAUCAGGUGCCUUGUCAGAAGCCCUUCAUCCACCCUCGUGGCCCUCCGAGCCGAACUCUGAGCGAACCGCGUCUCUGUACCCGUGCCGGGGCGUAAUCAGCCAAUCAGCUGUCUGACAGCUCUGUCAGCCAAUAAGAACGCAAGCUGAAUAUUCUGUGUGACAGGCAAAUGAAAACAAGAUGUGGAUUUCUACAUAUCCCCCACACAGAAAUGGAAUGAGAUGCGCAGUCAAAAUGAGUUCAGUAAGAUGUGGAAACUUUUAGACCAAUGGACAUCCAGUUUCCCCCACAGAAGAGCUUUAAACUGUGUUUCAGUUAAAGCCAAAAGUCACCGCAUUGUCCCCCGCCAUUGACGCUGACCCUAAAGAACUGUCUUUAUAUUAAAUAAUGUCACCUGCUAUCUGCAUUUGCUUGUAAACUUUCUUUUGUUGAGAUAAACAAUUAUUCACUUAAUGAUGUUAAAUGAAGCAAUACGAUACAAGCAGCUGUUCUGCAUUGUGAAUAUAAUGUACAAUGUACACACAAUGCCCUAUUCAUAAUACAAAACAGCCUUAUUGCUUUUACAAAAACUUUUAAAAUAUCAAGAUAAUAUCAAUCUCAUUAAAUGUUUUUGGAGAAAAUACA